AUGUCUCGACCUUACUAUGACCCUUACGGUCACCCCUCUCAGCUCCGUCCUGGAUCAACUCAACCCUCCCAAUCUCCUUAUCCAACCUCACCGUCCGGACAAUACCAGGCAUACGCGGCUCCAUCAGUUCCUCCCAAUAAGCCCGCUCCCACGCCUUCUCCUGGCCCUCAGUCGCCCUACCCUGGAGCACAACCCCCUUAUCAGUCGUCUCAAUCUCCCUACCCUGGUUCUCAGUCAGCCUAUUCUGCACCGGCCAACCCUUCGCCAUCUCCUGCACCUCAAGCUCAUGGCCAGACUUAUUCGCAAGCACCAUACGGCGCACCCGCCCCUCCUGCCCAAGGCUUUGCGCAAGCGUCGCCUUAUGGCACUAAGGACCAACCAUACGGACAGUAUUCUCAGCCGCAGCAAGGCUAUGGCCGGCCUCCGCCACCCCCGCCCCAGGCUCAGCCCUACGGAUCUUCCGCUCCCCAGUACUCUCAGCAGCCAAUCUCUCCUCAAGGUCAACCUUACCCUCCUCAGAAUGCGCCUUAUUCGGGUGGACCCGUUCGUCCUCCUCAGCAAAGUGGUCCCUCCGGGGCUGCGUAUGGUCCCCCGGGCGGCGCACCUCCCCCAACUCGUGCGACAGAGCAACAGAUUGCUGCCUACCGACAGCUGUUGAUUGGGACUAUCCAAGAGAAACGCAUCCAAAGCUUCUAUCCCCCGGAGAGACUUGAUAGGCUUAUCCAGUCUCUGGCCAAUGAGGCACCUUCCAAGGUGAACAAGCUCACUCACGAGCUGAAUAUCCCGAACGAGGUGGCCAUGGACAUUGUGAAGUUAGCUCUCUUCGAUGUCAUCCUGUACGUGGAUGACAGUGGCUCAAUUGAAUUCGAAGAACGAGGCGUGAGAAAGGAACAGCUGCGUUCUAUCAUCGAAGUCGUUGCUUCCGCUGCUUCCACCUUCGACGAUGAUGGUAUUUCAGUCCGGUUUAUGAACUCGUCUGAGCAAGGCGAUGGCAUCCGCAACGCAGACGACGUCAACCGCCUUGUGUCACGGGUCCGCUUCCAGGGUCUUACGCCACUGGGCACUAGUCUACGCAACAAAGUUCUGGACCCGAUGGUGGUGGGUCCGGCGAGAGCAGGUCGUUUACAGAAGCCUGUUCUCAUCAUCACCAUUACCGAUGGACAGCCCGCCGGUGAGCCUCUGGAUAGCGUAUCGAACUCCAUUGGCUAUGCUGUCAACGAAGUUUCUCGCACUCAGUAUGGACAGGGGGCUGUUUCCUUCCAGUUCUCACAGGUCGGAAAUGACAUCAAAGCUCGGGAUUUUCUAGCUUCUCUUGACGAAGAUCCCCAAAUUGGCUCUCUGAUUGAUUGCACCUCAAACUUCGAGGUCGAGCAAGAUGAAAUGUCGCGGGCCAAUCCCCCAGUGCAUUUGACUCGCGAACUUUGGUGUGCCAAACUGAUGUUGGGUGCUAUUGACUCUUCAUACGACACCAAAGAUGAGAAGGCUGCUGGGCGCAGUGGACCUCCGCCUCCGGGCCCCCCAGGUGGUCAGUACGGUGGUUUUAACUACAACCAGCCUCCAGCCCAGAACUACAAUCAGCCUCCUCCAGGACAGUAUGGCUCAGGACCGGGAUACAACCAAGCACCAUAUCCCCCAAACCAGGGUCAGGGUCAGGGUCAGGGUCAGGGUCCCUCUCAAAGCUAUGGGCAAGGCUACGGUGGCGGGUACGGCGCUUCGUCUCCGCACCCCAACCAGUCUGGGUAUGGACACGGCCAGGCCCCCAGCGGAACUACACGAGGCUAUCCAGGUUACGGAGCACCUCCUCGCUACUAGACGGCAUUGUGGAGAUGGGAUGUACUACGCUCCUAUGCACUGUGAAAGUGGCUUAAGUCUUUAGUUAUCAUUUCCCUGAUUAAUUUGAGCAUUUUAUGAUAUGAAAACGGCCACAAAAGCGGCACGAAUACAAAUGGCUUCUCAGUCUCCUCUGUGAGGGUCCAAGCACGAAGUAAUGUAUUUUAGUCGGUGUUUCUCCGGAAAGGAUGGCAUGUCGAUCCUCGCAGCUUUCUGAAAGCCGAUGACCCGACAAUCUGACAUACUCCGGC